AUGUGCAGCUUCGACAUCUGCAGCAAACGACUCACCGAGAACGAUGCCAAGAAACUAGCGGAUCACGACCGGUCAUUCCACAGGAGGCAUGCCGUUCAUGUCAUCCUAUCUUCCCGAGGAGCAGGAGGACCAUCAAUGCAGCAACAGACGAUAGAGCGACACGUCUCGGGUUACUACUUCUGCCCCCACCGACCUUGCAUUGUUCAAGCUGGCAGCAGUAGUAGCGAUGGAGGUAGCAGUAGUAACAGCAACCAUAAUAACAGCAGCAGUAACUACGGACCCUUCAGGUGCUACAACAAGGACAGUUUUAUCACGCACUGUCGUAGGGCUCACGGACUCGAGGUACAGAAGCUGUACAGCUCUCUUGCUGCCGAUUCACCAUUUCUGUCGUUGUCGCCCACGUCCUCGGCUGCGGCUGCUGCCGUCGCUGCAGCUGCAGGUGGUUCCAGCCGGUUCAACCCAUUAUCCCUGGAAGAAGGAGGGGGGCUCGCGCCCAUACUUCCCACCGGCUCGACGACGGAUAACCUGCUUCUGCAGUUGUUGCUGGCCAUGGAAGACAUCAAGACCGCUAUCAACAUCCAAUCAAAAACCAUCACCAAGGCGAUCAACAAACAAUCUGCGGCGAUCACGGCGGCAAUCAAUGAACAGACAGAGGUCCUCAGGGAACACACCACGGCGAUCAACAACCAUACUGCAGCGAUUAAUGACCAGUAUGAAUAG